AUGCUCGAGUACGGGAGAGUCGUUUUAACACUGAGUGAUGUUUUAUUACCAGCUGAAAAAUUGUAUCCAAAUCCAACACCUUCAAUGAACGAAGGUUUGCCUUAUGACAUCGAGUACGAUUUGAGAUUGAUCGGGUGUGAACUUAUUCAAACAGCAUGUCUACUGCUAAAAUUACCACAAACUGCAGUGGCAACAGGUCAAGUAUUAUUUCAUCGUUAUUUUUAUUCGUCAUCCUUUGUUCGUCGACAAAUGGAAAUCGUUGCGAUGGCUUGUACGAAUCUUGCAGCUAAAAUAGAAGAAAAUGCUCGACGAAUAAGAGAUGUUAUCAAUGUAUUUAAUCAUAUCAAACAAGUACGAUCGGGAAAAACAAUUCAUCCUUUACUCAUUGAUCAAGUUUAUGUCGAUCGAAAGGGUGAAGUGAUCAAAGCGGAACGACGUAUACUCAAGGAACUUGGAUUUUGUGUUUAUGUUAAACAUCCUCACAAAAUGAUCACAGUGUAUUUGAAAGUGUUGGAAAAAGAACGAGAAAAAGAUUUAGUACAAACAGCUUGGAAUUAUAUGAAUGAUAGUUUACGUACGGAUGUUUUUCUACGUUUUACUCCGGAGACAAUUGCGUGCGCGUGCAUCGAUCUCGCUGCGCGAUCACUUCAAAUUGCUUUGCCUAAAAGUCCGCCUUGGUACGUCAUAUUUGGUGCACGCGCGAAUGAAGUUCAUUUCAUUAUGUUCUCCAUUUUGCGUUUGUAUCGACAUCGGCCGAAAUCGAUAGAAGAACUUGAAAAACUUGUGAAUGCUGUUCGCGAAAAGAAAGAAGACGAACGAAAGAAACCGCGAACAGAUGUUAUUCAAUCGACUGAAUUAGGUAAUACUUCGCCACCACAACCAAUGGCUCAAAAUUCGAUUUCCUCAACAAUAACUAAUACGACGACGACUGUUAUUCAACACGAUGUUGCGACAGUGAUUUCAACAACACAAGAAGUCACCAACAUAACAACAACAACGACUACUACUACUACAAAUGGAAAAAGUUCGAAACGGCAUGAGAGAGGAACUUCAAGAGAAUCAUCCACAGUGAAUACACAUCGAUACCAUCGUUCAAGAAGAAGACGAAGUAGUACGAGAAGCAGAUCAUCAUCUCAGUCGUCUUCACGGUCUUCGAAUCAUCGUUCUCAAAAGAAAAAGAAAACUUCACAUCGUAGUCGCUCACGUUCUCGUUCGUCAACGCCACGGAAACGAAAACAUCAGAAAGAUAAACGACAUCGUAGUCGUUCAUCGAAUCGUCGGAGAAAAGACAAGAAACGACGAUCGCGUUCUUCAUCACCUGAAGAAAACCAUUAUUCACAUAACAACAAACAUCCACUAUCAACAAAAGAUACGAAUAACAAUCUUCAUCAACGUUCACAUCAUCACUCAUCGAAACAUUCAAAUGGUGUUUCAUCGUCAUCGUCUCAUAAAAAAUUAAAAAACUAG